AUGACAAAAUCGAAAGCGUCCACGGUAGAGUCCUUCAACUAUUCCGUUGUAUCUCGACACGACAAGCAGCUUUCGCAAAUAUUUUUCACAUCGCCUAUUUGUGAGGUCUACGAAUAUGAUUCUGCUGCUGGGAGCUGGAAUAAGAAGGAUUGCAAGGGUACAUUGUUUCUGUAUUCGAGAAUUACGCACGACGAGUAUCCAUACGCAGCUCUUGUUUUGAACCGACAAAGCAACGACGAUUUUAAAAUGGGAAUUACGCCUUGGGCUUUGAGCGAUAAGACAAGUAUACACAAGAUGGAGGUAGAGCUUAACGACAGUCUCCUAGUAAUCCAUGCGGGGCCGGAAGAAAUUUAUGGCUUGUGGCUUUUCAGUGAAGACGAUAGAAGAACAUGUCUCUCGAUGAUUGAGUGGUGCUUGAGUAAAGGCUCUAAUAGCUGA